AUGAUACCGGUGUUUAUCACGUUUCCGUUCCGCCGCCCCAAGGCUCCGGCUAUCGCUCCGCCGGGCCCCUCCGUCUUUGACACACUGGACAACGCGCCGUACCUACGACAUCUCGUCAAGGAAAUCGAAGUACUUCUGCCGAGCGACCCGUGCCAGUCACCAGAGUUGUGGAACUCCCCCUCACCAUAUGCCUUCUUGGCAGGCAAACUCAAACUUACUCCUCUGGGACGGUGCUCUCAGUUAUCGUUACCCGCGCUCACUACGUUGCGCUUCGUAGGCUUUUAUCAGGACGCCGCCACCCUCCAGAUGAUUGCCAACGGCGCGUCACUCGAUUUCUUCGGCGUCACUGCGACCUGGUUCCCCACUGUCACCACCCUCGAACUGCGCCAUAUCAUAUUCAACCAUUGCAACCAGUUUGCGUGGCUUGUCGCAAGCUUUGUCAACCUGCGCAACCUUGAAUGUAAACACAUCCACUGGGGACCAUUUGGCAACUUCGAUUUCUACGGCCGCCGCUUAGCCAUCGAGCCGUGUACUAUCUCCCGCCUGCGGCUGGAGGGGCUCAACGAGUAUGAGGAAACCUCGAGACUUUACCGGGACCGUGACGCAGGCCCCUUGCUUGCGGCGGUUGCGUCUUCCCUCGUGGACCUCACUAUCGACGCAGCCGAACUUCUCCGCCCCCCGUCCUCGAUUGCCAACGUUCUGGAGCCGCUGAAGUCCAUGCUCACCCUACGGGUGCAGUGGCUGCUCACAGGCAGUAGGACGGAAUCCGAGGAACGGAUUAAGACCUCCGCCCGCGCCCUCGUCCACGCAGGCCACCCGUACCUCGAGACGCUCGUCCUUCACGUGGAUACUCGUCUUUCAAGCAAUCCACACGAAGAGCUCGCUGCUCUCGGGGGCGAACUCGACGACGCCCUAGCCUCGGGUUCGAAGUUCCCCGUCUUGCAGGUGGUGGCUCUACACCUCGAAGUCGAGCCCUGUGAAUCCUCUACGCCCCAGCGGUUGGAGGACACGCUUCAAACGGCGUUUCCGAGAACGUGCUACGAUGCUGGUCUCAUGCGCCUUUGCGGGAGCUGGCAGUCCGAGCCUUGCCAUCAAUAA